AGCCAGGCUAGUGGUCCCAUUGUGCAGGAGGAAUACAAGUCUUCUGGUUAGCCAAGGCUUGGGCUAACAUGCUCCAGGGGGAGCUGCAUCUGUCCUUGCUCUCUGGAAUGGAGGUCAUCUGCUUUCCAGGAAAGAGGGAGGGGCUGGAAAGCCUUGAGAUACUGAGCGUGGACAGCCUGGAAAACUGUACAGCCAGCACUUGUCUUACUUCUAGACACUCCACAGUAAGGAGUAAGGGAUGCUGAAUUGGCUUUGAACUCCCACCCAAACUUGCUUUGAACAAAUGGAAGUGCAGGCAAGUAACAUGCAUGUUCUGUUAAGAAAAUAUAGAAGCAGCAUUUCUGCAUCUUAGUCUGUAGUAGAGUUGGCUCAGAGUACAAUAUUUGACUCUAGACUUGAAACACGUAGGUGUUUAAGUCUGUUUGGGGACAGGGGCUGUUUGCAAAGGUCAGACAUUGACUCAGGUUGUGGUUGAGAGUGCACUGUAACUUUGAUGUAUUUCUACCUUGUUGGAGAAAAAGGGGAAAAAUUGUCUCUGCAUCACAGAAAAAGUCUGUUAAUAAUGUAGCCACUCUUUCAUGAUUGGGGAAAAAAAUCUGAGUCUCUUGAAAGGCAAAGUUGGAAAAUAGCUAUCUUUUAUUUCAAGAAAUGAGGGUCAUAAUCAGACUAUAAAACACACAGCAGCCUGAACCCUCUACCUAAAUCCUCUUGUAUUUUAUGCCUCAUUUUCUAUUUCAGGUCUUCAUUUGUCUAAUUGCAACUCAGAGGCUGGCAGAGAUUUUCCCUGCAGCUCUGCUGACUGCAGAGACCCUACCUGGUACACUAAGUUAGUGCGUCAGCAUUCUAGGUAGAAAUGAAUGAAAAAUCAAUCAGGGCAACUGCAGUGGCAGCAUAUACAACUGUAACCUACUUUGUUCCUGGUUUCAAACAUUUCAUUGUGUAUUUAGGCAUCUUUUAAAAUGUGGAGAAGAUUCUUUUAACUAUAAAGAUGAAGAGGCUACUUUUUCUGGUGCUGAUUUCUGUCUGCUGGGCUGAACCUCACUCUGACAACUCAAGUCUCGGUCACGAAAGAAUUGUUCACAUUCAAGCAGAAAAUGGACCCCGUCUACUUGUGGUAGCAGAGCAAGCUAAAAUCUUCUCCCAGCGGGGUGGCAAUGUCACACUGCCAUGUAAAUUUUACCAUGAACAUACAUCAACAGCUGGCUCAGGAACCCACAAGAUCCGAAUCAAGUGGACCAAACUCACCUCAGAUUACCUCAAAGAAGUGGAUGUCUUUGUUGCAAUGGGACACCACAGAAAGAGCUACGGAAAUUACCAGGGCAGAGUGUUGCUGAGGGAAAGCAGUGAGAAUGAUGCCUCUCUUAUAAUUACAAAUAUAAUACUGGAGGAUUACGGGAGAUAUAAGUGCGAGGUGAUUGAAGGAUUAGAAGAUGACACAGCAGUGGUAGCUCUGAAUCUGGAAGGCGUUGUAUUCCCUUACUCUCCACGGCUGGGUCGUUACAACUUAAACUUCCAUGAGGCUCAGCUAGCGUGCCUGGACCAAGACUCUGUUAUCGCCUCCUUUGACCAGCUUUACGAUGCCUGGAGGUCAGGGCUGGACUGGUGUAAUGCGGGUUGGCUCAGUGAUGGCUCCGUGCAGUACCCCAUCACCAAGCCCAGGGAGCCCUGCGGAGGGAAGAACACAGUGCCUGGGGUCAGGAAUUACGGGUUCUGGGAUAAAGAUAAAAGCCGAUAUGACGUCUUCUGUUUUACUUCAAACUUCAAUGGUCGUUUUUACUACCUAAUUCACCCAACCAAGCUGACCUAUGACGAAGCAGUUCAGGCGUGUUUGAAGGAUGGAGCUCAGAUUGCCAAAGUUGGCCAGAUCUUUGCUGCCUGGAAGCUCUUGGGUUAUGACCGUUGCGAUGCUGGCUGGCUGGCUGAUGGCAGCGUCCGUUACCCAAUCUCCAGGCCAAGGAAACGCUGCAGUCCUAACGAAGCAGCAGUUCGAUUUGUAGGCUUCCCUGAUAAAAAGCACAAGCUCUAUGGUGUCUACUGCUUCAGAGCAUACAACUGAAAAUACCUAGAGCACGAAAGUCUUACAUUCAUUAAGAACAUGUGAAAAAUUUCUUUUCGAUAUGAACUCAUGCAAGUUACCAAAACUGUGAUAAAACUUUUUUGCUUACUAUAGGAGUUUUUUCAUAAACCAAACCCAUUAAUUUUUGCUUUAUUUGGGGUUUUUUUAGUAUUUUUGUAAAAGUACCAUUCCAUAGAUAUUUUAAAUUAAUAUAAUUUAAUGGAAGCUCUAGGUAAGGAAAUUUUAGAGCCAGAUUCUUUCAGCUGCAUCAUCCCAACAAAGUACACUUUUCAUGAAUGGGGCAUGCAAUAGAGCUUGGUGAUUGCUAGGGCACAAUUAUGGAAUAAGGCUACUCAAAUCAGAACCUUUUAAAAGCACAGAUUUUACACAUUUGUACCAGUUUGAGAAACAUUGCAAAUUAAUUCUAACAUGAAUUUUGAAAUAAGAUGAUCUUUUUUGUUAAAGGGGAUAAGUGAGGUUUUGCAAAAACCCUCACAAUAACGUAGGUUAGAAAAUAACUUUUUUUCACUGGUUUUGCAUGGGAAUAACACAGAAUUUAAUAAAAGGAGAUAGACCAGUCCAAAAAAAUAGGACUAGUUCUAAAAUCUAAAAACUUGCCUUCCUGAAAAUUAAACUUCUACAUAGGAACAAGCGCAAUUAGUUGUCCUGAACCUUUUUAUUGUGGUUUUGUUGUGUAUAAAUCGAUAAUGAGGGGGUAAAUAAUUAACUGUUGAGAAAACCUGGUUUUUGUCUUAGCUCUUAUUAAAGAUGCCAAAGUGUUGCAUUA